GCCGGCCCGUCCUGCAGCAGAUGUGAGAUGUGGCACUGCCCAGCCCUGCGAGCUGAGUGAGCCUCGGAGCUGUUCCUCGGAGGAGCUGUGCCGCGGAGCCGCGCCGCGGAGCUGCGCCUCGGAGCUGUGCCUCGGAGCUGUGCCUCGCUCCUCCCUUCCCCGGAUCCUGCAUUCCUCGCAGCGCCUCUGCCGCCUCCUCAGCAGCCCCGCGGCGCCGACCCGGACCUGCUGCUGAGGAAAGAUGGCAGAAGACCAGCCACACCUGUGUAUUCAGAUGUCAGAAUCCAGUACAAAUGGCAUUCCCAGUAAAACACAGCCCUUGCCAGAUUUGGCUGGCAAGGCAGGAAGUGUGCUUACCUUCCACAACAUCUGCUACCAUGUGAAGACAAAGACUGGGUUCCCGUGUUUCCGAAAAACCACCAAAAAACAAGUUUUGAAAGAUGUCAAUGGCAUCAUGAAACCGGGAUUGAAUGCAAUUUUGGGACCCACUGGCAGUGGUAAAUCUUCGCUACUGGACAUUUUGGCUGCAAGGAAGGAUCCCCAUGGACUCUCUGGUGACAUUUUGAUCAAUGGAGCUCCUCAGCCCGCCAACUUUAAAUGUACCUCUGGCUAUGUAGUACAGGAUGAUGUGGUCAUGGGAACCCUGACUGUAAGAGAAAAUCUGAAGUUCUCAGCGGCACUCCGCUUGCCAAAGUCAGUAAAGGAACAGGAGAAAAAUGAACGAGUGAAUCAGAUCAUCAAGGAACUGGGUUUGAGCAACGUUGCAGAUUCCAAGGUUGGUACCCAGUUCACUCGUGGGGUGUCUGGAGGAGAGCGAAAAAGGACCAAUAUUGGGAUGGAGCUCAUCACGGAUCCUGCCAUCUUGUUCUUGGAUGAGCCAACCACGGGACUUGAUUCCAGCACUGCUAAUGCUGUCCUACUGCUGCUGAAAAGGAUGUCAAAACAAGGAAGGACAAUCAUCUUCUCCAUCCACCAGCCUCGGUACUCCAUAUUCCGACUGUUUGACAGCUUGACACUGCUGGCUGCAGGGAGAGUGCUGUACCAUGGGCCAGCCCAGCACGCCAUCGAGUACUUUCAGUCCAUUGGCUACCAGUGCGAGCCCUACAACAACCCUGCCGAUUUUUUCCUGGACGUCAUCAAUGGAGACUCCACCGCUGUGGCAAUGAGCAAGGCUGAUGACAGUAACACAGCAGAGAGAACUGAAGAAUGCUCUGAAUAUGAUAAGACCUUGGCGGAGCAAUUAGCAGAAAAAUACUCCAACUCUGCCUACUACCGAGAAACAAAAGCACAUUUAGAGAGCAUUUCUUCAGGAAACAAAAAGAAAACCAAACCACUUUUCCGGCAAAUCACAUAUGCCAAUUCCUUCCUCCACCAGCUGAAAUGGGUGUCCAGGCGCACAUUUAAAAACCUGAUAGGAAACCCUCAGGCUUCCAUAGCUCAGCUUGGUAUUACAGCUCUUCUGGGACUGGUUGUAGGUGCCAUCUUCUUUGGGCUUGAGGAGAACUCUGCUGGACUACAGAACAGAGUGGGUGCAAUGUUCUUUCUGACCACCAACCAGUGUUUCAGCAGUGUCUCAGCUCUUGAACUCUUUGUUGUAGAAAAGAAGAUAUUUAUGCAUGAAUAUAUCAGUGGGUACUACAGAACAUCUGCAUACUUCAUAGCAAAGCUAAUGGCUGAUUUAAUACCCAUAAGGACCAUGCCCAGCAUCAUCUUCACCUGCAUAGUUUACUUCAUGCUAGGUUUGAAACCAACAGCAGAAGCCUUCUUCAUAAUGAUGUUCACUCUUAUGAUGGUGUCCUACACAGCCACUUCCAUGGCACUUGCCAUUGCAGCAGGACAGAGCGUGGUCACUAUAGCAAACCUACUCUCGACUGUUGCAUUUGUUUUUAUGAUUAUUUUCUCUGGGUUGCUGGUCAAUCUCACAAGCGUCAUGGCCUGGCUCUCUUGGCUCAAAUACUUUAGCAUCCCUCGCUAUGGAAUGACAGCUUUACAGAUCAAUGAAUUGCCUGGUCUGAACUUCUGUGGCAGCAGUAACAGCACAGUGUUAAACAGUGGCGGUAGCUAUCGAGAGACAGGCCGCAUGCCAUGUACUGGAGAGGAGUAUCUGGAGAGUCAAGGCAUCGAUAUGAGCACCUGGGGGCUGUGGCAGAACCACCUGGCUCUGGCCUGCAUGACACUCAUCUUCCUCACCAUCGCCUACCUCAAACUGCACUUCAUGAAGAAGUUCUCUUAAAACCAGAGGGAAAGGCGCAAUUCCCACUGUUCAGCAGUUUGCUGAAUGGAUUGUGCAACUGACUUGAUUAUUUUUAAGGAGACAUUUCUUUGUACUUUUAUUAUUACCCAAGUCAACAACAUGAAUGCCAUCCUUGUGUAUUAAAUACUUGCUGUUAAU